AUGACAUUUAACAAACAUGAUACCAUUAAUUUUUCACAACAUAAGACAAGACCUAUUACUAAAAUCCAUCCGGAGAAUAUUAAAUGGGAUGAUGGAAAUGUUAAAGUAACGGAUAUCAAGUGGACAGUGUUGAUUCUAGAGCCAUCAAUCGGACUUCCUACUUACUCUACCAAUGUGAUUGAUUUCUCUGAUGGUAAAGUUUGUGAAAGUGAUGUUCAAUGGCCAGAUAAAAAUGAACAUUCUGAUAAUAACGAUGAUCCACAUAAAUUAUCAAAACCUAUAAACGGUGAAAUUGAAUUUAAAGAAAUGAGUACUCAUCAAUUAUCAAAACCUAUCAACGGUGAAGUUGAAUUUAAAGAAAUGAGUACUCAUCAAUUAUCAAAACCUAUUAACGAUGAAAUCGAGCAAUUAUCAAAACCUAUCAACGAUGAAAUCGAGCAAUUAUCAAAACCUAUUAACGAACAAUUAUCAAAACCUAUUAACGAACAAUUAUCAAAACCUGUCAACGAACAAUUAUCAAAACCUGUCAACGAACAAUUAUCAAAACCUAUCAACGGUGAAAUUGAGAAAUUAUCAAAACCUAUCGACGGUGAAAUUGAGCAAUUAUCAAAACCUAUCAACGGUGAAAUUGAGCAAUUAUCAAAACCUAUCAACGAACAAUUAUCAAAACCUAUCAACGGUGAAAUCGAAUUUAAAGAAACGUGCAUUCAUCAAUUAUCAAAACCUAUUAACGGUGAAAUAGAACAAUUAUCAAAACCUAUAAAUAGUGAAAUCGAAUUUAAAGAAAUUUGUACUCAAGCAGAAUCUUACAAUUCCAUUGAUGAAUUAUAUGGUGGAUUAGGCAAUCUUGAUUAUUCAGAAUCGUGUGCUGAUGGAAAUGAAGUGUACCAAUGGGGUGAAUCUGGAGGUUUCAAAACGCCUAAUCAUGUUAACGAGGUAGAUUCAGAAAGUUCAAAUAUGUUACAAUCUAAAGACACUCCUGAUCAAAAUGAUUCUUGUGUUCGGUACGGUUUUAAUACAAAUUAUACUGUUCCCCCCUAUCCUCGACGUCGACGUCGUCCACGCAGCUACUUAGAGCAGCGUAAAGACCCAAGAUAUAAUCCUGAGACAGACCAUUGGAAAAGUGAUGCAGCCUUUUUAUCAUUUCAUGACCAAGAACGGAUUGAUCCUUUAAAACGAGAAAACGAAAAAUAUGAUGCUGUUAUUCAAGCUGCAUUGGACGCAUGGAGUGCUAAUAAAGAUGUAACUAUGGAAGUCUUUAAAACAAAACCAAGAAAGUCGAUCAAUUCCGUAAUAUUUGAAGAUGACGAUAGAGGCGAUGUAAUACCGCCGGUUGUAACAUGCGAUCAAACUUUACCACCUAAGGAGAUAUCUAUAUCAAAAUCUCUAACAACAUCUUCUCAAAUGUACCAAGUUGUCCCGUCGUCAUCUCAAUCUAUUGUUUUAAAGCAACAUUCUCAAACGUACCAAGUUGUCCCAUCGUCAUCUCGGUCUAUUGUUUUAAAGCAACAUUCUCAAACAUACCAAGCUGUCCCAUCGUCAUCUCAGUCUGUUGUCUUAAGGCAACAAAAUACGAUAUCACCAUUACCAUUUAUGAUUAAUGGUCAAUCUUAUGUAUCUCCUCUUUACCAAGCUUUAUACGAAGGCAAUAUUUAUCAAGCCAAUUCC